AUGGAUUCCACGCUGGUAAAUCCGGAGAUCAUGAAAGAGAUCGUUGAGAGAUGCUCAGUUCCCGCCGACGCGAUCGAAGACGUCUUCAAGGUAACGGCACUUCAAAUGGGCACCAUGAUCGAAUCAACGAUGUAUCCCAACCGGUACAAACACACAGCUGUCUUUAGUCUCGCGCCGUCUGUCAACUUGCAACGUCUCGCAUCAUCACUGGCGAAGCUUGUGUCUCUCAACUCCAUUCUCCGCACCCGGAUCAUCGAUACCAGCAGUCAGGGGCUUCUACAAGUGGUCCUGAGAGAAGAGCAUCAGACAGCAUAUAACUCGCAAACAAUCGAACAUUUUCUGAGAGAAGAACAGGCUCUUCCCAUGGGGCUAGGCAAGCCUCUAUUGCGUAGUACUUUUGUCGAUGGGAAACUGGUUCUUACAACACACCACGCAAUCCGAGAUGAGACAUCUACCGCUCUCAUGCUUUCCGAUCUUGAUCGCCUAUAUCACAGCCAGGAGCCUGAAUUGCACGUCCCAUUCAAGGAUUUCGUUGACUUCUGCCACAGCGUCGAGGAAUGUGAAUCGCGGGCCUUUUGGACUGAGUCAUUCAAGGGUGAGAGCGCCAUUUUCCCCAUCCCAAGACAAGGAGAAAGUCGCCUUUCCAAGCCUUUUGAAAGGCAACAUAAAGAAAUACCGUUGCCGACCACUGUAUCACAAGCUCAACUUCCGGCAUACGUGGAGCUCGCCUGGGCGCUUACAACGAGUGUUUAUGCCAAUGCCCAUGCCAUUGCAUUCGGGCUAGUAUUCUCUGGCCGAACGCCGUCUUUCAAAUCCACGAUAGGUCCUACAGCUGCCGUUGUACCUGUCCAGGUUGUGGUUGAUCCAUCUUUAACCAUCCGGGCCUUACUCAAAGAAAGGAUCGCAGCAAGAAGGCGGCUACUAAAUCACGCAGCGCUUCAUUAUGGACUGGCCAACAUUCGCCGGGUAAGCUACGAUGCCGAAGUCGCCGCCGGUUUUGAGACUGUGCUCAACAUUAUUCCUCGUGCCCAGCUCAUGGCCGACACGGGCGUGUUGCGGAUGGAGAAGGCCUUUGAGGUGGAUGUGCAAUUCGCCAUAUCCCUUAACUGUUUCCUUCACGACACUACCGUCUCCAUCGAGGCAGACUUUGACCCGGUUACGUUAGAGGCCAGCCAGAUGCAAAGGGUACUUCGGCAGUUUGUGUUCACGCUCUCGUGGUUGCUAAACACCCCAAUGAACACCACCGUCGAUCAGUUUCCAAUUUUGAAUCCGGAUGACUUAUCGGAAAUCUUGGACUGGAAUCAGAACGUACCAGAGUCUGUGGAGGAGUGUCUGCAUGACCUUUUUAAGGCUAGAGCGCAGCAACAACCAUCCGCUCAGGCCGUUGACGCCCCAGAUGGCACCGCAACUUACAGUGAGCUAGAUGAGAUGUCAGACAGAUUGGCUUCUCACCUUCGUCUACGUGGUGUUGGCCCGGAGAACAAGGUUCCCCUUCUGUUUGGGAAGACGAUUUGGGCGGUCGUUUCUCUUUUAGCUAUACUGAAAGCCGGAGGCGUUUGCGUCCCUAUGGAUCCAUCUCAUCCACCUCAGCGCAUCUGGGAUAUCAUACUGAGAUGUAAUGGCUCUGUAGUACUGACAUCGGUCGACACAGAGAAGAUGAUCGCUAGUAUGCCACCAUCCAUAUUUGAGCAUUUUACGGUCAGCGCGGAGUCAAUCAAGGCUCUCAGCAACAGCACGCGCUCGCUGCCAGAAGAAUUACCUGCACCAACGAACGCUGCCUAUAUCCUCUUCACAAGCGGGAGUACUGGAAUACCCAAAGGCGUCGUUCUGGAGCAUCGGAACCUGGCAUCCACCCUCAUCCAUUAUGGCAGGCGUGUGGGUUGGGAAGCGGAUGGUGGCUGUCGCAUGCUCCAGUUUUCUUCCUUUGUAUGGGACACGCAUACCUUGGAGGUCUUUGGAACACUGCUUUGGGGCGGCUGUAUAUGCAUUCCCUCGGAGUCUCAGCGGGCCGACCUUGAAUCCUUUAUCGAUGAGAAGGCAGUCGAAUGGGCUAUCCUGACACCAACCGUCAUUCGUACACUCGACGCGCAUUCACCGCAAGUUGCAACUUUGAAAACAAUUGUGUCAUGCGGUGAGCCUGUUGACAAGUUUGCAGUCCGCCACUGGAGCCCCUCGCAUCGUUUCAUCAAUGAGUAUGGACCUUGCGAGGUCUCCGGACGUUGUACUUUAACGGAAUUGGCACCGGAUUCCCCCUUUCCCGAGAGCAUUGGAAAACCCGUGGACUGCGCAGUGUGGAUUGUGUCGCUACAAGACCCGUCAAAACUGGCGCCUAUCGGCACGCCUGGCGAGAUAGUCGUUGAAGGGCCCGGGGUAGCUCGGGGAUACCUUGACGAUGAAGCCCUCACAACUGCUUCUUUUGUCACUCAACCUCCAUGGCUUCCUCCAGGCCAGAAGCCUCGCCGCAAAUGUCGCUACUAUCGCACUGGCGAUACAGCAAAGUAUAACGCCGACGGAAGCAUGACCUUUACUGGUAGGCAGGACGGUCAAGUCAAGAUUCGAGGCCAGCGGUUCGAGCUGGGAGAAGUGGAACGGGCGCUUGGCCGCGCCCCAGGCGUUCGUGAGGCUGUCGUCUCCAUUCAGCCAUGGCGUGAAAAUAGUAAAACUCUCACUGCCGUACUGGUUUUGGCCGAUGCAGAACUUCAAGUUACGACUGAAAAAGCAUUGAGACAAGUCUCCGUGCCAAAGGACUAUGAUCUAGUUCAGCGUUUAAAGGAGAUCAGGGAAUAUCUGGCUUCUUGCCUUCCCUCCUAUAUGGUUCCCACUACGUGGUUGGUCGUGGAAGGCAUGCCUUUGACGACCUCGGGAAAAUUAGAUCGCGCCUUGGUUAUUGCAUGGCUUAAGUCACAAGACUUGGAAGCAGCACGAAAUGCUCUCCAGUCCUCGUCCACCCUCGUCUUGACAGCGCCAGCGUCUGACCACGAGAGAAUAUUGCAGUCGGUCUGGGCUUCCGUGCUUAGCAUACGCAAACAGGAGAUAGGACGUGAAAGCAACUUCCUGACACUUGGGGGUGACAGCAUCACCGCUAUGCGAGCAACAAACCUUUGUAGGAAAAAAGGCCUUCUUGUUCCCCUUCAGGCAAUGAUUCAGAGCUCAAGCCUGGCCGCAACAACAGAACACUGCGAGAGUGUCUCUUUGGCACCCAAACAAGCACCUCCCCAGCCCGUUGACACGCCUGUAACCGAAUCUAUUCAGAUUGAAGGAUUUGUCGACAGUGACAUUGAAGCUGUUACUGAAGCUACAGACGCGCAAGCAUCGAUGGUUGCUCUAGGAGAAUUGGAACCCCAAGCUUUGAUAUUGAAGACCGGUGUGGAGUUCCGACCAGCUGUAGAGAAAAGUCGGAUCGAGAAUGCCUGCAGCCAAGUUCUACAACAUCACGAGAUUCUGCGGACAAUUUUCGUUCACAAGGGACCGAAGCUCUAUCAGGUUGUUUUAAAGCGCCCAAUGGGCACCCAGAUUCUGCCAGACGAUGGGUCAGAUGACCAGCAUGACGAUGACAUCUUACCACGAUUCUAUGUGGCUUCCGACGAUCAACACUGUUAUCGCCUCCGUCUCGAAAUCCAUCAUGCAUUUUAUGAUGCCGUCUCCUUGGGCCUCUUGUGGAAAGACUUCGCUGCUGCGUGUGCUGGUCGAGAACUCUCUAGUGGAUCAUCGUUCGUAGAGUGGGCCAGGCAAAUGGCUCGACUGGAUCAAUCCCAGGCAAAACAAUUUUGGCGCAAGGCCUUGAAAGGUUCCCGUCUUACUUACUUGGCGCCGCCGGGCAAAAACCCCGGAAGUCUUAAGAGGGUCGAGAUUCGCAUUGCUCUACGAUCGCUUAGUGUGCCUGGUAUUACGACGGCAAACCUCUUGAAAGCUGCCUGGGCCUUAGUGAUGGGACUUGAGGCCGGCACGCAAGACGUUGUCUUUGCCGAACUCCUUGCGAAUCGCUACAGUCCCUCAAACGACAUCGAUCAUGAAAACGUUCGUGGGCCGUGUUUGAAUACGAACCCUGUGAGAGCUCAGUUUGACUCGAACAUGACGUUUGUUGCGGUGGCCGCCCGAUUACAGGAACAAUCCCUUGCUGCCGCUCCUUUCGCCUACCUUGGUUAUCGAACUAUUCAAAAGGACUGCACUGAAUGGCCUUUAAGCAGUUUGUUUGGAUCUGUAGUGAAUUUCCAGAGUCCGGAAGCUGUAGGAAACGAGGAGAUUGACCUGGGAAACUUGACGAAGGCGCGGUUUAUGGCCCCUGUCGCAAGUGUCCCGUCGAGGUCAUCAGCCCUAUGGGUAAUUGCGCGCCCAACCAGCGAUGAGCUGAUUGUUACCUUCAACUUCUCAAGUACCGCAUUCACGGAGGAAAAGGUUCAGGGACUUGCUGCACAGGUCAGGCAGUUACUAGAAGGCAAGCCAACCGACAUCAGUCCAUGGAUCUCUGAAAGUCGACCUUGCUCCUUGAGCCUGAUUGCGGAGAAGCUACCACCAACAAGCUCUUCCACCACACAACUUUGCGCGAGACAGGACCCUGGCGAGCAUGAUGAAAUCCCUAUGAGCGUACGCCUGGAGGUCCAAGAAGCAUGGAAAGCAGUUGGCCUGGAAACGAAGGGUGAUUACGCUUCUCUUUUUGAAUGCGGUGGGGAUACUGUUACUGCAAUGUUAUUAUCCAGACAAUAUCGCCACAAUCUUGGUGUUGGAGAUGUAUUAGCGUAUCCAUCACAAGAAGCACAGGCAAGAUUGCUAGUCAACGUGGGUAAGUAG